AUGAGGAACGACUGGGAUCCCGGUUACUGCUGCUCUCGCUUCUGCUCAUCGCAGUCUGGGAGGCAGAGCAGCCAGGUCCGCUACUCGGUCCCCGAGGAGGCCAAACACGGUACGUUCGUGGGCCGCAUCGCCCAGGACCUGGGGCUAGAGUUGGUGGAGCUGGUGCCGCGCCUGUUCCGGGUUGCGUCCAAGGACCACGGGGACCUGCUGGAGGUGAAUCUGCAGAAUGGCAUUUUGUUUGUGAAUUCUCGGAUUGACCGCGAGGCGCUAUGCGGGCGGAGGGCGGAGUGUACUCUCCACCUGGAGGUGAUUGUGGAGCGGCCACUGCAGGUUUUCCAUGUGGAGGUGGAGGUGAAGGACAUUAAUGAUAAUCCGCCUGUAUUCCCAGUGAAGGAACAAAGAGUACAGAUUUAUGAAUCUAGGCUGCUAGAUUCAUUAUUUCCACUAGAGGGCGCAACGGAUGCUGAUGUAGGCUCUAAUUCCAUAGUAACGUAUAAACUCACCUCCAGUGAAUAUUUCGCCCUAAAUGAAAAAACAAACAACGACGGAAAUGACCCAAUUGGGCUCGUGUUAAGGAAAUCCUUGGACAGAGAAAAAACUUCGGAGCAUAAUUUACUCCUCAUUGCCACGGAUGGAGGCCAGCCCGAGCUGACGGGAACUGUCCAGCUGCUGAUCACUGUGCUGGAUGUGAACGACAACGCGCCUAGUUUUGAACAGUCUGAAUACGAAGUAAGGAUUUUCGAAAACUCAGAAAACGGAACAAUCAUUCUCAGACUGAAUGCGUCUGAUCCUGAUGAAGGAACUAAUGGAGAGAUUUCAUAUUCUUUUAAUAGACUGGUUCCACCUAUGAUUCGUGAUAAGUUUAAAAUAGACCCUAAUACUGGAGAAAUAGCAAUUAAUCGCAAAUUAGAUUUUGAAAAAGUAAAUUUAUACAAAAUGACCAUUGAUGCGACUGACAAAGGCCACCCUCCGAUGGUAGGACAUUGCACUGUUACAGUGAGAGUUUUGGAUAAAAAUGAUAAUGCUCCGAAUAUUAUAUUGACUUCCUUAUCCUUACCAGUCCGAGAGGACUCUCCAAUGGGCACUGCCAUAGCGCUUAUUAGUGUGUCUGAUCUAGACUCAGGGGAGAACGGACUAGUGACCUGCUCUCUGAGACCCAAUGUUCCUUUCAAGCUGGUGUCCACCUACAAGAACCACUAUUCCCUGGUGCUGGACAGCGCCCUGGACCGCGAGAACGUGCCGAGCUACCAGGUGGUGGUGACGGCGAGGGACGGAGGCUCGCCCCCGCUGUGGGCCACGGCCAGCGUGUCGGUGGAGGUGUCGGACGUGAACGACCACGCGCCCGCGUUCGCGCAGCCCGAGUACACGGUGUUCGUGAAGGAGAACAACGCGCCGGGCUGCCACAUCUUCACGGUGUCGGCGCGCGACGCGGACGCGCAGGAGAACGCGCGCGUGUCGUACGCGCUGGUGGAGCGGCGCGUGGGCGAGCGCGCGCUGUCGAGCUACGUGUCGGUGCACGCGGAGAGCGGCCAGGUGUUCGCGCUGCAGCCCCUGGACCACGAGGAGCUGGAGCUGCUGCGCUUCCAGGUGAGCGCGCGCGACGCGGGCGUGCCUCCGCUGGGCAGCAACGUGACGCUGCAGGUGUUCGUGCUGGACGAGAACGACAACGCGCCCGCGCUGCUGCCGGCGGGCGCGCUGGGGGGCGCGCGCGGCGAGCUGGUGUCGCGCUCGGUGGGCGCGGGCCACGUGGUGGCGAAGGUGCGCGCCGUGGACGCGGACUCGGGCUACAACGCGUGGCUGUCGUACGAGCUGGCGCCGGGGGCGGGCGGCGCGCGCAGCCCGUUCCGCGUGGGGCUGUACACGGGCGAGAUCAGCACGACGCGCGGCCUGGACGAGGCGGACGCGGCCCGCCAGCGCCUGCUGGUGCUGGUGAAGGACCACGGCGAGCCGGCGCUCACGGCCACGGCCACGGUGCUGCUGUCGCUGGUGGAGAGCGGCCAGGCGCCCCAGGCGGCGCCGUCGCGCGUGGCGGUGGCGGGCGCGGCGGCGGCGGCGUUGGUGGACGUGAACGUGUACCUGAUCGUGGCCAUCUGCGCCGUGUCCAGCCUGCUGGUGCUCACGCUGCUGCUGUACAGUGCGCUGCGCUGCUGGGCGCCGGGCCGCGGGGCGGCGAGCGCGGAGGCCAAGCCCCCCGUGGUGUGCGCCAGCGCGGUGGGGAGCUGGUCGUCUUCGCAGCAGAGGCGGCAGAGGGUGUGCUCAGGGGAGGGUCCCCCCAAGGCGGACCUCAUGGCCUUCAGUCCCAGCUUGCCACCUUGUCCAAUUGCGACGAAAUUGGAGGAGCGUCAGGAUUUAACAGAUGACCAUUGUGCUAAAGUAAGUAUGUUUUAUAACACAAUAUUUGUCAGUACUUUUUCUUUUAUUGUUAUAGUGUAG